AUGGGCUUCUUCAAUCGCCGCCGCGCAUCCGAUAACACAGCAGCAACGACAUCUUCUUCUCCUACCGUUGUCCCCGAACUUUCAAAACAUCAAAUCAAACGCGCGACUCGCAAACGCAAAACCUGGGCCCUAUUAACAUGCUUUUUUCUCUUCCUUUCCGUCGUCUUCCUCAUUCUCCUACAAAUCGGCGGUGUCCGGAACCGCGCCAUAAUCAGAAACUGGUACUUCAUUCGGCUCGACCUAAGUAAUAUUGUGCCGUCCAGUGUUCCGAAUUUUGAGUUGAUCAACACGAUUGCGCAGACAUUGGGUCUCCAUGACUUCUAUCAGGUUGGCUUGUGGGGCUUUUGUGAGGGGAAUCAAGGCGAGGGCGUAACGUUCUGUUCGAAGCCGCAGACGUUAUAUUGGUUUAACCCGGUGGAGAUAUUGAGGAACGAGCUGCUUGCUGGAGCGUCGAUCAAUCUUCCGAACAGCAUAAACAACAUCCUCGACCUCAUCAAACUCGCCUCGCAGUGCAUGUUCGGUCUCUUCCUUACGGGCACCUGUCUCUCCUUUGUCCUCAUCUUCCUCAUGCCGCUCUCCGUCUACACACGCUGGCUCGCCCUCCCUGUCGCCCUCCUCGCCUUUCUCAACGCGCUCUUCGUAACCGCUGGCUCCAUCAUCGCAACCGUCAUGUUCAUCAUCUUCCGCAAUACUAUUAGUAAAGUGUCGGAACUGAACCUCUCAGCAGAGAUUGGCGUCGCGCUAUUUGCGUUCAUGUGGGUUGCGAGCGUGUUUGCGAUCCUAGCAUGGCUUGUACAAAUGGGGCUUUGCUGUUGCUGUGCAAGUAGGAGGGAUGUUAAGAAUGGGAAGAAGAGGGGGAGCGAGAAGGCGUAUGCUCUAGAUCGGUCGGAAAGUGGUGUCAGGACCAGUCAAAUGAGGGCUGGCGAGGAGAAGUCUGGUGCACCGAGGACGAAGUACCAGUUCUGGAAGCGCGGUUAG